CCGAUUGCUACUCGAUCCCUCCCUAACACUUCAGCUUUGCUUCCAUCAAGCGUCCACCGUGGGUGUAUUCCUCGAAAGUCUGGGAGAGAUUAGAUCUCAAUCAGAUAUCGCUUCUCAGAUCUUGCCUGCACCUUCCCCCAACAAAAUGAAGGCUCCUCUGCCCAAGCCAGUUCUUGCCCUCCUCUUACUCCUGGCGUCGCUCAGUUUCGCCCAUGACGGCACCUUGCUAAGCGUCCGCGAAGAGAGCGAGGGCGAGGAGGAGCCUGGUGGCGGAGACGAACCGCCCGAUAGCAUCGUCAUUGCUCAUGGCAUCUGCAUGGCGCUCGCCUUCGUCAUCCUCUUCCCCUUAGGCGCGUCAUGGAUGCGCUUCUUCAACUUCAGGGGCCUGGUCUGGUUCCAUGCCGGCUGGCAGCUUCUUACCUACGUCCUGGUGUUUGCGGGCACGGGAACCGGAAUCUACCUCUCGGUGGAAGAGGGGGAGUGGGACGGACACCCGAUCAUCGGCCUCGUUGUCAUCCUCGCGCUCGCCGUCCAAGCGCUGCUCGGCCUCUUCCACCACCUCAAGUUCCGUAGAACGGGCCGGCCCACUACCCUAGGCAUCUCGCAUCGCUGGUGGGGCCGCAUCGUCCUCGUUGUCGGCGCCAUCGAUGGCGGUCUCGGACUCAAGCUCGCCGAGGAAGAAAGCACCGCCAUCGUCGUAUAUUGCGUCCUUGCCGGAGUGUUCUUCUCCAUCUGGGGCUUGAGCCUGAUCGUCGAUGCGCGGCGCGAGGGCAAGAAAACUGCAGUCCUCAGUGGGCCACGCGCCAGUAGUGAUAAUAUUCCUCUCUCUGACCGAAUCAGCAAAGAGAGCGCGGGCAGGGCUUGAGACUUGGGUCGAAGGGGAAACGGUUGGUGGAUGGACAUAACAGUACUGCUGGCCGCUGAUGUGCAAGCAGACCGCAACAGGAGAGAUCUGUUCAGAAGCGACGGGACGCGAUGCGACGCGCUACAUUUAUUAUGCUUACUUCUUCCCAAGAUACAGCGAUGUUAGUGCAUAGCCCUCUGUACACAUGCAUAGUAGAGAUUUCGUUCCGUUCCUUUCAGAGUUAGCACUUUCCCUUGUUCAUUUUGGCGCAAAGGCACGUUUCCUUGCGUUACUCUUGAUCGUCU